GAAACUGUCAUGACAAAAACAUGAAGCUGACUAUUUUCCUUUUAUUCUUCAUUCCUAUGGCUCUCUCCUGUAGUCUUCAAGGUCCCCCUGAAGGGUCCAUUGAAAACUUAAUCAAUACCAUUUCUCGGGAUGUUACAACUCUUCAAAGCUAUAUGCAAAGGAGAAAAGAGGAAUACGACUGUAUCCUUAAGACAUGUCCAGUUUGUGGAGCAGUGGAAGAAUAUGCUUUCUCGACAGUUUCUCCAACUGCCACUUUUGAACAACUCAAUCCAGAGAACAGGAUUUUAUAUGAAUUACAACAGAUUAAUGAGCAAAGGCGAACUCUUUAUGAAGAUAUUGUCAGUGUACAGCAGAAACCUGAGUGUGAGUUAUGCCUUUUAUGUGCACUACAUGAGUCAGCGUUUGAAUGUGGCGCAACUCCCACCGCAAAUUCAUUCACUUCUCAAGUUCAGAGCCAACACACUCAACAACAGCAGACUCCUGUGUUCUCAGAGUCAGUGGUACCUCGUCCAACCAUAUUAAGCAAUAAGACAAGGGUUUUCGUAGUUUAGAUAGCGGUUUUACCUUUGGGGAAGUUUCUUGCAAAAUAAAUGAUUGUUUUUUUGUUUUUGAUAAAGAAAGCUUAUGAAAA